AUGAAGAGCUUGUUCGUUUGCCUGCUGCUAGCUUUGGCCGGUCAAUCCCUUGCCCAGAGCCAGGAUGAGUUUGUGGAGUACCUGCUGGAGAUCCAGUACGAGGCCGAGGCCAUCCACCAGCUGAUGGAGGGCACGUUCGACAACGUUCGCUUCUCGAUGAGCGACCGGCUGGUCGACCUGAACCGUCAGUUGAUCGAACGCAUGAACCAGGGCCUCGAGGAGGUCGAGCAGAUCCGCAUUGAGACGGAAGAAUUCGUCGGCUCCACGACGGCACCGGCCGCCUGCGUGACCGUGGCCACGGCCAACUGGGACAUCGAGAUCGAGUGGGUCGGUCAGGCCCUGUCUCGGUGCGCCAGCACCGCCAACAUUGAGAUCACUUCCCGUACCGCUAACGUGCACGCCGCCCUCGAGGCCGCCCAGAUUGCCUCGACGGAGCUGCAGAACAUUGUCGUGCGUGCCUUCAUCGACUGGAACGCCAUCGAUUACACCGAGCAGAUCUCGCAGAUCGUGGGCGUGCAGGUCGCCAGCAUAUACGACUACUUCAUCCGAAUCACCCAGCCCCAGCUGGAGAACGUUCUGCAGGCCAUCCACAACUUGGAAGCGCAGCUGCUGCCGGAGGUCUUGACCUGCGUGAACCGUUCCGUGGAGCGGCUGAACAACUACUCUCGCGUUAUCCGCGACACUCUGUUCUUCUGCGCGGCGUAA